AUGGCACAGGAGAUCUGCACACGGGCCCUCCUACGACCAAGAGUCACCUCGAUCAUUCAUCAAAUGCAGUCCAUAUAUUUGGCAAAACUUUUUGGCCCCUGGAGAGCUUCACAAACACCAUCAAUCGAUGCAUGGAUGGGUUGCGCGAUGCUGUUUGCAGGACCAGCAAGCCACGACACCAUCUCGGGCCCCAUAUCGAGCGCUCCCGCAAUUCUACGACCUUUCUGGUGCACCAAUGCGGMUUUGAAGUUCAUUUUGGACAUGGCUGAUGAGAUGUACUUCGACGAAAAUCUCAAAGAUGUCGUCUCCAUCGAAUACACGUCCUUCGAAGAUAGAGAUUACGGCCAGACGCACACUGUGGUCUCCCAAGAUGGCAAAUUGCGAUUCGAGAUUGAGAUCAACGCUUCUGUACACCAUGAUUACUGGACGCUUUUGGGGACAGUGGUCCACGAACUAGCACAUGCUGCUGUCAAUUCGUGUCUGUGUCGAUGUGGUUCUGGACUUUGUCUUGCUGAGAAAAAGAAGCUUGCUCAAGAUGGACCACUAGGACAUGGUCAGGAGUGGUAA